AUGUAUCCAUAUGUGUUUCUAAAGCUAUGCAGUAUUAUAAGAGAGAAGACGCAAUUGCAAGAUACCAGAUUCAUCUGUGUUGAAGAAAUGCUUGCAACAUUUUUAAUCAUUGUCGGUCAAAAUGCUCAAUAUCGUUUAACUCGCGAGACAUUUGAAAGAUCACAUUUUGCAACAAGCAAAAAUUUUAUUGGAGUGCUGAAGGCCUUGAACACAAUAGCUCCUGAUCUGAUGGUCAAACCAGCACCCACAGUCCCAACUAAAAUAAGAGAAAGCACAAGGUUUUACCCUUACUUUAAGGAUUGUGUUGGAGCAAUUGAUGGCAUACAUAUACCAGCAAUGGUAAAAGGACGUGAAGUCAGCAGUUAUCGUGAUCGUCAUGGGAAAAUAUCACAAAAUGUGUUGGCUUCUUGUAACUUUGAUUUGGAAUUCAUAUACAUUCUUAGUGGAUGGGAAGGUUCAGCCCAUGAUUCCAAAGUGUUGUCUGAUGCUUUAUCAAGGAGGAAUGGACUAUUUUUCUUGGUCGAUUGUGGAUUUGCAAGUCGUCGUCAGUUUUUAGCUCCAUUUCGAGGUGUUCGCUUUCACCUUCAAGAUUUUGCUGGUCAAGGUUGUGACCCCGAAAAUUCACUUGAGUUGUUUAAUCUUCACCAUGCUUCCUUGAGAAAUGUGGUCAAGAGAAUAUUUGGUAUAUUCAAAUCACGAUUCACAAUUUUUAAGUCUGCACCUCCAUUUCCAUACAAGACACAAGCAAAAGUAGUGUUAGCUUGUGCAGGAUUACACAACUUUCUUCGUAAGGAGUGUCGUUCCGAUGAAUUUCCUGUUGAAGAUAAAGAACCUUCAUCCCCGUCAUUGCUGGCAGAAGAUGAAGAACUUUAUGAAACCCAAGAGCAGGCACGAGAAAAUGCUAAUGCAUGGAGACUUGAUAUAGCUUCAAAUAUGUGGACAGAUGCUAUGAACAACGGAAGUCAGAGAUGA